ACCGCUACUUUCUCAUGCUUGUUGACGACUACAUGUGCUACACCAUGGUGUUUCCCCUGGAGCGGAAGGCCGACGUGCCUGACGUUCUUAUCCCGUGGGUAGUAGCUGCGCGCCUCCACUGCGGCCUCCCUGUGCUAUACUUGUCUGACUGGCACUUUUACCACCCGCCGUCUCACCGCUUCUUUCACCCUCGUGACGCCAUUUUCGAUGAGUUUGUCGCCUUUUACCACCGCUUUCCCCACUGAGGUCUCCCGGUUUCCCCUCCCCUGUUUCUGGUUCCCACUGCCCCGGUAGCCCCUGCUCACCUCCCUCCCUGUCUUGCUCCGUAUGGUGUGUCUCACGUCACUCCCCUCCCGUCGGUUGUCCUAGUCAAGGAGAUGGCUGACUCUGGUGGCGCCACGGCACAAUUCUUGCCCCCA